AUGUCUAAGCCGCCAUUUACUCUAGCGACCGCGCAGGAGAAGGUCAAGAAGGCUCAAGAUCUAUGGAAUGCGCAGAAGCCCGAAGACGUUGCAAAGGCAUACACCCCAGACUGCAUAUGGCGGAACAGAGACCAUUUCUUCAGCGGAACAGAUGCCAUCAUUGCCUUCUUGACCCGCAAGUGGGAGACAGAGAAGGAAUAUAGCCUUCGCAAGGAACUGUUCGCCUUUGGCGACAACAAGAUUGCUGUGCAAUUCUGGUACGAGUUCAAACACGCCGAGACCGGCAAGUGGAUGAGGUGCUACGGUCUCGAAGACUGGACGUUUGCAGAUGAUGGUAAGAUGCGCAAGCGACAGAUGAGCGGCAAUAACAUCGAGAUCAAUGAGGCCGAGAGGUGGUUCAAGGAGGGUGUCGAUGUGAACUCGGUCGAUAUCUCCGAGGCUCAUUGGUAG